AUGAAGUGUGGCUACAAGUCUCCAACAAAGUUGUCACCGACAAAAUCCAAGCAUGAAUGUAGUCCAACCAAGCAUGAACAACAUCCUUGCAAAGAAUAUGGAUCUCCUCAAAAACGUGACUGCUUGGAAACUAAUAUUGACCACGUGUCGCCAACAAAGGUGGACAACCUUAAACAGGACAGACCAGUGAGCAACAAAGAAAACCUGUUACGCAGACUUGAAGAGGCUGAAGUUGGCGAUCUAGAUUGUAGCCCUUUACAGGACAGUGGCUAUGCUUCAAUACUGCACAAUGACUCUCAAAGCCAAGAUGAAGAGGAUGAGUUCAGCACAUCAUGUCUUCCUUCAUAUGAGACACCAAAGCAACUUGUCUCAAAGAGUGAAAAACCUGUUUCAGUUUGUUCCACAAGCAUGUUGCCGAUGCUGCGUUUUGAGGAAGCCAUUUGUUCUACUUUGAAGAAAAGCUGCAAAAGAAGCCCCAGGGUUGAUUGGGCUACUGUUGAAGAAAUUGCCUCCAGUGGUGCUUUCGGUCUUGAUAAGGUGAUCGGCAAAAAGAUGGGUUUGGAAAGAGUUGAUAUCCUUGGCGAGCUUUUCAAAAGAGAUUUCAAGCAUCUCCUCAGCAAAAUUUUAAGGCAUCUUAGUGCAAUUGAUUUAAUAAACGUCAUUAGCGUGAGUUCAACUUGGAGAAAGAUCCUGCAGAGGGAUAGCUGGGCUUACAGUGUUUAUCAAAAGUGCCAAAAAGAAAUUUGUGAAAAAGAAGCAAGGAAAGCUGAACAUGCUGCUACACGUGAGUCUUCUCUGUUCCGGAUACCACUUGCCUCUGUACAGAAAGUAGCCAGUGCCGCAUGUUGUGUUUCGAAGAAAAAGUCCAACAAAAAGAAACCAGCAGCCUCACAUAGUCGACUCGCUGAGUUUAACGAGAUUGGGAAAACGCUUAAUAAUGACCAAAGCCUUAAGGUUUGUAGAGACUGUGGUUCUCCUGCCAAGCACAACCCCUACCUAAACAGAGCAAUCUGCACCCGGGAAAGCUGCCAGUUGGACUUUUGCACACUUUGCAACUGUGAAUAUCACUUUUCCAAAGCCUGCAUAACCAGCGUAACACUAAGUCAUAAAUACUUUUCACAACCUCUUCCUGGGAGUAAAAAGAGCAAGCAGAACUUAAGACGGCUUUAA